GUUUAAUAUUCUUUGAUUCUUUUAUACAUCUUUCUUAACACCUUUUCCAAGAAUACAAAAACCCCUCAAUAUUUUCUAAUUUUCUAAAAAUAAGAUAUUUAUAAGAAAAAAAAUCAAAUCUUUUUAAAACCCCACAUGUAUUUUCUGUUGUUUGUCUGAUCUAAAUUGGGUCAUAACUUUUUUUCUUGAUAUAAAUAUGCUUGCUGGGGGUGUUUGGUAGCUGAGUUCUGUUCAAUCAAACAUGCCACAGAAAGACCAAUAAAAAGGUUCAUCCGUGGUGCGAUUCAAGCUCAUUCGAGUUUCCGAGUUCAUUUGAAUCUAAAUUGAUUUUGAUUUAGAUGGUUGAGUUGGAUUGAAUUACUUCCAAAUUUAGGUUUCGGCCUACUUGCUCCAAUGGAAACCAUAGAUGUGGCUCUAUAUUCUCAUAGUCCUGUCCAUAAAGCUGUAUUGACCAAAGAUUAUGCGAGUCUCAAGAAAAUAAUUGCAGGUCUCCCACGGCUAAUUGACCCAUCUGAGAUCCGCACUGAGUCUGUCUCGAUUGCAGAGGAAGCCAAAGCUGAUGUCAUCUCAACGGUUAUUGACCGACGGGAUGUCCCUAACCGUGACACGCCGCUCCAUUUAGCCGUUAAACUUAGUGAUAUUGCUGCCACGGAAAUGCUCAUGCUGGCGGGUGCAGAUUGGAGCUUGCAAAACGAGCAAGGUUGGAGUGCUUUACAAGAAGCUAUAUGCAACCAUGAAGAACUCAUUGCUAAAGUUAUAAUCAAACAGUAUCAACCCAAAGCUUGGGCUAAAUGGUGUAGAAGGUUGCCUCGGUUAUUAGCAACAAUGAGAAGAAUGCGGGAUUUCUACAUGGAAAUAACGUUCCAGUUUGAUAGUUCGGUUAUCCCGUUCAUUUCCAGAAUUGCACCUUCAGAUACUUACAAAAUUUGGAAACGAGGUGCAAAUUUGAGGGCAGAUAUGACUUUAGCAGGUUUUGACGGUUUCAAAAUUCAACGAGCUGAUCAAACGGUUUUAUUUCUCGGUGAUGGUUCUGAAGAUGGAAAAGUGGCUCCUGGGUCUCUUUGUAUGAUUUCACAUAAAGAUAAAGAAGUGAUGAACGCGUUAGAUGGUGCAGGUGGGCAACCCACCGAUGCAGAGGUGAACCAGGAGGUUCAAGCCAUGUCUCAGACUAAUCUAUUUAGGCCUGGGAUUGAUGUUACUCAAGCAGUUCUUGUGCCGCAGAUGACAUGGAGACGGUUAGAGAAAACAGAAUAUGUCGGGAAUUGGAAGGCAAAAGUUUACGAUAUGCAAAAUGUUGUUGUAAGUAUAAAAUCCCGCAAAGUCCCUGGGGCUAAAUCAGAUGAUGAGUUAUUUGAAAAUUGUAAUGAGAAUGAAACCGAUAGUGAAGAGCUCAAUGAAAUAUUGACCGAUGAAGAACGUAGACAGCUCGAAGCAGUGUUAAAGUUCGAUUCUAUGGAUCACACCAAUGAACACAACAAUGGGAUACUUGAGCAUAGACUAGAUAGUUUUGGCCAUCGAGAUAUCCCGAUUGAAGAUGGUUGUAGUCAACAAAAUGAGGAUAAUAAGCAUGAAAAGGAAAAGAAAGGAUGGCUUGACGGAUGGAGGAAGAAGCAUACUAAGAAUAGUCAAAGUCAAAGUCAAGCCAUGCCCGCAAGGCGUUCCAUGGAGAUAGUUUCUGACGGGCAUGAAAAGAGAAAGGUUAAAAGUCUGGGUAGGCGAAAAGAUGGAAGCCGUGAGAGUGAGUAUAAGAAAGGGUUGAGGCCAAUUCUUUGGCUCUCCCCCGACUUUCCAUUGCAUACGGACGAACUCUUGCCUUUACUGGAUAUUCUGGCAAAUAAAGUGAAGGCGAUACGGAGAUUAAGAGAAUUGCUCACGACAAAACUUCCACAGGGCACAUUUCCUGUUAAGGUUGCCAUACCGGUGAUUCCCACAAUAAGGGUAUUGGUGACUUUCACAAAGUUUGAAGAAUUACAGCCCUUGGAAGAAUUUUCAACCCCACCUUCGAGUCCUACAGCCGCAGACCAUAAUCUCCCUGCAACCACAAGCUCAUUAUCUUGGCUUCAAUGGAUUAAAGCUCCUUAUCAACACACCAGCUCUUCAACGAGCGGUCCAACUCCAUGUAUAGAAAACAUUCAAGACCCAUUUGUGAUUCCUGCUGAUUACACAUGGAUCACAGCCGAAGCAAAGAAGAAGAAAAUGCAAGAGAAGAGUAGAUCCAAGAAAUCAAGAACUGAAAACUUGUAAUGGGAUGUAUGGAUACCACUGGGAGUACAGAUAUGUUCGGUCAUAUUAUUAUGAUCAUAUAUGUUAUGAUUUAUUGUAAUUUUACUAGAGUAUGGCCAACUUUAAACAUUUUAUAUAGAUUGUAUUUACAAAAUAUAUAUAAGCACACAUACACAUGCCUACAUACAUUGUUUGAUUUUUGCAAUUCUCUAAUCAUCCUAAUAUAGAUUAUGAUACCAU